AUGAUUGAGCUGUCUAUUAUUCUUGUCCUAUUUGAGUUUGUGAGUGGAAGCUGCCCAGAAAGAUAUGCAAACUUUUCUUCUUCCUGCUACAUAUGCUUGCCAAGCCAAAAAAAUCUGGCUGACAGAUUAUGCGUUGAUGUAUGUCCAACAGGUUCAUUUGAAUAUAGUUCAUGCUCCGGAACUAAAUUUUGCAGCACUCCACAAGGCUCUAUUUUUACCAUAGAUAUUAGUCAUUCGAAGGACUCAGUCCAAACUUUUACUAGAGAUAGCGACCUAUUUAUUGAUAAUGGAUUACCAAAACUGCCUAUUCUUCAAAAUAAUAAUUUAUUUUAUUUUGAAUCCAAUAAGACAAUAGAAAGCAGCGAAAACUAUAUCCCUAGCUUUUCUUUUUCAUUUAAUCUAUGGAUCAAGCCUUUGGACCAAGGAAACAUUAUUAGGGUUGAAAGCUCAAUUGGAAGCCAUAUUAAGAUAGAGGCAAGAGAAAAUAUAUAUAUAUUUAUUCUAACUGUCUCGAAUUUGCUUAAUAAGGAUGCUUUAGAAGAAAUUUUCAUUGAGACGAGCCCGUAUCAAAACCUUUGGCAAGCUUUGUCUUUUCAAUUUGAACAAGUAAAUUGCAAUAUUAUAGAGCUUAUGGUAAAAAUCAAUGAUGAAAUAUCAGUUAGAUCAUUUUUAAAUGUAGAAAUAAGCUUUCCAAAUGAGCUUUAUAAGUGGACAAUAGGAAGCGUAGAUGAAGUUUCAUCUUUUAAAGGAUUCAUUUAUUGAUUAGAGGCAAGGAAUAACUUAGAAGUUAAUUUUCCACAGCUUUUUAGUAAAUUAGAAUACUCUGAAAACUCAUAUAGAGGUGAGUUUUCAUGCAAAAAUUGUGUACCCGUUUAUUUACCAGAGCCGAAAAGCAGCCAAACUAAUCAUAGCAGAAAACUUCAAAGUUGUUUUACAGGAUGCUUAGCCUGUUCGUCAUCACUUUUUAAUGAUUGUACUAGUUGUAAUCCAGGCCUAGUCCAAUUUAAUUACUUUUGCCUAAAUGAUUGUCCCACGGGCAAAAGUUUAAGCUCCAUUCAAUGCAUAGGUCCUGAUCUUGGAUUUGGUUUUGAUUUGACAAAUUCCCUUAUUUUGAGUCAAAUUGGAGUGUGAGAUAUAGGCAACAAUAAUGCAAACAUUUAUCCAAACUUUGAUGUUAAUGAUCCAAAGCCAGCUAUAAACAGAGGCUACUACUUCAAAGUAAGUGAUAGAAUAAGCACAAGUGGAGUAAUUGCACCUUCUUUUGCACUUUCCUUAUGAUUGAAAAUUAUCAAUUCUGGUUUUAUUUUGGUAAAAAGCUCCAUGAGUGAUUAUUUGGUUGUUAAAGAAGACUCAGACAUUAUUGAAGUUUCAAUAUUAAUGACAGAUGGAAUACCAUAUGUAUCUACUUCUACAAAUGUAUGUAAGCAAUGAUGCAAUCUAGAAAUUUCAGCUGAGCCAGGGGCUUUAGGAUCCACUCUUAUAAGAAUUUUUAUAAAUGGAAGUCAAUCAUCAAUCCAGAAUGCAAUGAUGGCUGCAUUUUUUGACUCCAUUAAUGCUUGGUCAUACAUAAAGUCAAAUCCCCUACCCCUCAAUUCAACACUAUCGCCCAAAUUCCUCGAAAAUUUUUUUAUUGAACAAAAUAUAAUGGACGGAUGAACGACUAAGACGGACUCUCUCGAAGGGAUGAGCUAGAUCUCAUAAAGGGAAGUGUUAAAAAUGGCAUGCCAAAAAAUGGUUGACAAGUGAAAAAAGUUGAUAAGCAAACGUGCAAUUUUUAAAAUGGUUUUAUUAUUAAAUUAAUUUUAAAUUAGUAUGCAUUUUAGACUGUAAAUGAUAAAUAUAAAUGAUUACUAUGAGUUAUUAAGAACUUUAUAAAGAGCAGCGAGUGCUUAAUACAAACUUUGGCUUUUAUAGAGAAAUAGAUUGGCACUGUUAUUUUUAAAUUUAUCCUUCCGCAAAAAAGCAACUCGAUCGAUAAGUUUUUAGUUUUUAAGUCCAUUUCAAUUUGAUAACAAUCAUUAUAUGAGCCAUUAAUAACUUCAUAAAGAACAGCAAGAGUUCAAUACGAACUUUGUACUUUUGUAGAGCAAUUAAUCUUAAAUAAAUUGGCACUGCUUAUUUAAAAAAAUUAUCCUUCCGCAAAAAGGAACUUGAUUGAUAAGUUUUUAUUUUAAGUCCAUUAAUGCUUCCCUUUGUAAAAUUCAGCUCAUCCCCUUCAGCUGUUUAUUACAUUUUGCUCGAUGAAGAAAUCUAUUUCGGGAUAUGAGCUAUUCCUAGUUUAUAAUAAGAUAUAUAAAAGAUACUGCAGUAUUUUCUCUCCUUCGCUAUUAAAAGGCGAUUUAUAGCAUGCUUGCAAAUACAUUUAAUAGUUUAUUUCAUAUCUACUAUAUACAAAAUAUUUAUAUGGUUAGCAAAUUUUUCAUAUUUUGAAUUAAAUCUAAAUGAGAUAUACUGUGUUUUAUAUAUAUAAUAAGCCAUUUAAGUAUAUUAAAUCUGUUUAAACGCAUUAAUUUAGCGAAAUCGAUGCUAUAUAAUGUAUGCCCGUAUGAUGCAUAAUGAUGCUUGAAUUGAUUAUUCGUGUCUAUCCAUUUUAAAGCAGAAUAACUGGAUUAAUGCUUGAAAUGCGAUUAUAAAGCGAUAUCCAGCGCAUUUUUCUAUUAACUCCUUUAUUUAUUAGUCUAAAAACUUUACGAUAUAAAAAUUUUGUUUAUAAAAGAGAUAUGAAAUAAAGUAUUAAAUGUAUUUGUAAAAAUGCUAUAAAUAACUUUUUAAUAGUUUAAAAGCGAAAAUACUGCAAUAUCUCUUAUAUUUCUUAGGUAGUUUUGUAUUGUGGGGUGGGUUUAUUAUUGACUAUAUGCUGGCUUAUAUGUGGGAAGUGAUGUAAAUUAUAGCAAUGGAUUUGAAGGGUUUAUUUCAAAGUUGCAAAUAUAUCAAGAUAGUAGUUAUGUGGGAUCGGACAUUCAUUAUACCUGUACAGGAACCUGCUCAGAGUGUCCGAGUAAUUCUUUGUGUUUAAGUGAGUGCGGUUUCACAAAGUUCCCUGAAGAUUGCGACACCUGCGAUUUUAGCUGUACUGAAGGAUGUAAAAGUAGUGGUGCUUGCAGUUUAUGCAAAAAUAAAGAAUGCUAUGAAUGUUCAAGCUACACAAAUACAUGUAUAAGCUGCAAAACAAAUGCCGAAUUUGUAGGAACAGAUUGCAAAUGUAAAAGCGGGUUUGGCUGAUAUUCUAAUAGCCAAUCGUGCAAAGCUUGUGAAGUAUUGAACUGUGAUCUUUGUGUUGACGAUAAUACAGUAUGCACCAAGUGCUAUUCUCCUUAUUUUUAUAUUAAAAAUGUGUGCAUAACGUUUUGUCCCACAGGCUAUACAGCUAGCAAUGGUGCAUGCAUUCAAGAUUCAGCACUGAAUGGGUUUGUGUUUGAUUUAAAACCACUUAAAAUAGAAGAUGUAGUAUACGAUUUGCAAUCAAAUAUUCCAGUAGUAACAGGAGUUAACAACGAAUUUUAUCCAAAUUAUGAUGCUACAGAUCCCUAUGCAGCCAUUGAGAGAGGGUAUUAUUUUACAGGAUCUUCUUUGAUGAUGGAAAUUUUUGACAAUCAUGGCAGGUUUUGGCUUUGGAGCGACAGGAAGCCGAAAUUUUAGCAGUUUUAAAAAAAUAAAACGGCCUGAAGGCCACAGGGUCUCAGAUGGCUGAAUCCCGAGGUGGGGUGGGGUGGGGUGUGGUCUGGCUAACUGGGCCUCCCUUCGAACCACAGACAAGAAGACUGGCGGCAUAAACCAAUCGAGCACUUCUGGAGGAGUAUUAUGUUGCCUGUGUAAAGAAAGUCCUUUGUUGAAGGUUUUUGAUAAAGCAGGCUCGGGUGAAACUCCCCGAAUGAUGUCGAAGUCAGCAUUUUUGGUAACGUCGACAGAAAAAGGCGUUAGGUGGCUUUAAUGAUUAGCGACACACAAGUGUGAAGCUGAAACUAGAUUGGAUCAGGGGCUGAAAUAAACACCGCUUUAGCCCUCUCUAACCAUAAUCUCUCUAUCUCUUUGAUGAUGGCUCCUCCAAAUUGAAAUAAUGCUUCACCGCUACUAACAAUUUCUCCUGAGUUCACCAUUCUUAUGUGGUACUAUCCAAUAAAUGACGGCUGAAUAUUUUCGAAGCAAGACCUCUCUAGAAAUAUUCAUAUUGCAGUUGGGGUUUCCUCUAAGCAGCCAGCGAUAUCAAUGCGUUUGCAAGAUGGGUCUGCAUAUUUAAUGCCUGGACCUACAACAAUUACAUUGAGCCAAUGAAGUUUUACUAUUUUUUAUUCCACAACUGAUUGGAAUAAUGAAAAUAUUUUUAUCAAUACAAAUACGAAUAUUGAUGAUUGGAGUGGAAUAUCAGGUGCAUUUUUUGUAGACCUCGAAAGUUCAUUCACAAUUUUAUUUGGAGCAAAAUACGAUAGCUCAGGAAAUUUUGCUGAGUUUUUUAAUGGAUUUCUCUGGGAAUUUAAAAUUUACAACAAAAUCCCAACUGAGCUAUUAUAUUCAUCUUGCACAUAUUUAUCGGGCACCUCUUCUUUCUGUCCCUUACUCACCCCCGUCCUUGAUCGAACGACUCGUCGUCGUUCGAUAAAGGAUGGGGGUUAAAAAAAAAAAUUUUAUAUAUAAAAAAAAAAUAUAUAAUACUUUUUUUUUUUUUUACUUUUAAAUAAGAGUGUUAAGAGUAUUUAAUAAUUAUUUUUAUAGCAAAAAAUUGAAUUAAUUUCAUAAAAAUACCAAUUUUUAAUAUUUUGAUUUAUUAGUUACCCCUUUAAACUAUAUAAAUUUUAAUUUGUUCCUUAUUAAAUUAAAUUUUUUUUAAAAUUUUUAAAGAAUCUGUAUUUUAUUAGAUUAUUGAGUUUUUAAGCCUAGUUUGAUGGCUAAAUCACUUCGAAUGAUUGAUUACGAAGCUUUCUGUCGUCUCAAAGUCUCUGAAAGCAACUUCAUUAUGUACAUCUUCCCAAGCUUUUGAUAACUAAUAUAUUUUUAUAUAUAUAUAAAAAAUUUGCAUGAUAUGAAAAUCGUUCGAUCAAGGAUGGGUGUUAAUUUCCCCAAUUUUAGGAAUUUUUACAGUCAAUCGCUCGAUCAAGGAUGGGGGGGAGUUAGAGCUUUCUGGAAAUUGUAUACCAGACUGCUCUAUAGAUGAUUAUCCAGAUAAUGGCAGCUGCUCAGAUUGCAGUGCGAAUUGCUUAUCUGGCUGCAAACAAAAUGGCUCGUGCAACUUAUGCAUGGAUCCGCUAUGCUACAAAUGCAAUGAUUAUGGAUCCGGUUGCAACUUGUGCAAAGACAACGCUUCUUUAAGCAUAGGAUCUUGCAUCUGUGAUUUCGGAUAUAUAUAUGAGGCAAAUUCUGAAAGAUGUAUGCAAACUACCACCACAAUUUCUUGCGAUAUUUCCUGCACUACUUGCAGCGAUGCCUAUUAUAAUAGCUGCAUUACAUGUGCUAGCAAUCACUAUUCUUUUGCAGGCUUAUGUUUAAGAUAUUGUCCUAGAGGGUAUUAUGCAGAUUCAUAUGAAACUUGCCAACUUAUUGAUUCAAUUAUUUUUGAACUGGAUUUAAAUACUUUGAAUGGAGUAGUUUAUGAUAAGAAGUAUUUGAUUCCUGCGAUUACAUAAAUAAAAUGGCAUUCGGCUCGAGCGAAAUUAGCUCCGCUAAUUUUCUCUCCCCUCAAGCAAUUUUAUUUAUGGUGUUGGGUUUUAUCUCGAGAACUUCUGCACAGCAAUAGCGGCUUAACUCUGGGGAUAACCAGAGGAACUGCUCUUAAGUGCGCUCAAGAGGCUCAGGUCUUUAGCCCUCAGCACACCCGACAAAGGUGACCCUUAGGCCGAACAGGCGCUGGAGCUGAGUCGUAUAAAGCCGUGGCGGCAGCGAAGCCCGUCGAAGCCGGGACGUUGUAUUUGCACGUGCCUUGGCGAAUCAAAGUGGAUCGAUCCAGAGAUCCAUGGGGCCCGACACGUGGAAAAAUAUGGUGGCAACUCUCUGGACAAGACUAACCCGUAGUAGAUGUAAAACGUUAUAAAUAAUUUAAGAUUAAGAUUCCUGCGAUAACAGGAUCAACUCAAAAUUUUUACAAGAAUUAUGAUCUAGAUGACCCUCUUCCAGCUUAUUUGAGAGGGUUUUAUUUUAAUGGAAUCUCGUCAUUGCUUAACUUGCCUGAUUUUGGAUCAUAUACUUCUCCCGUGCUAUUAAUUGGGCCCAUUUUCACCUUUUCGUUGUGAAUAAAUCCCGAAUCAAAUAACUCACUCCCCCCCUUUAAAUUGGAACAAAAAAUUGAAAGGGGGGUUAGAAAAAAAAUUUAAAUUAUUUUAAAAAUUUAGCAAUUAAGGAUAAUGCAUUUAUCUAAAUAAGAUGCUCUUUAUACUCUCUACUUUAAGGAAGAGCAAGAUAUAACUUAAUUUUUAAUUUUAGUUAAGAAGAAACAUUUAACUUAUAUAAAAACUUUUUACAUAAAAUUUUGAUUUUUAUAUAUAAAAUUUUUUAUUAUAAAAUGAAAUUUAAAGGGGGUUAAUAUACCAAAAAAGAGAAAUUCUAUCUAUAUUUUGUUCCAUUUUAAAGGGGGGGAGUCAGUUCUUUUUUCUAAAAAGAAUAAUUCUUUGAGCUCAUAUUUAAGCAUCUCUUUGUCUAAUGGCUAUCCAAAGGUACUUAUAAAUCUUGCUCAUGGGGCCUUAUUUUCAUUCACCUGCCAAAGUUCAUUAUCGUUAUUUCAAUGAAAUCAUUUAGCAAUAGUAUCAGAUUAUGAUGGAUCAAACACUGUAAUUACCUGCAUUGUCAACACAAUUCAAAAUUCAAAUGGAAAUUCUCCAGGAUACUUCAAUGACAUUUCGACAAAUAUGAGAGUAACCAUCGGAUCUGAUUCUUCUUCACUUACAUCCGGAUCUUCUUACUAUAAAGGCUUUAUCUACCAUAUCCAUAUAUAUAGCAUUGCAAAUUAUAAUACAGAUCUCUCUAUUGCAUCAUGCACUGAAGACUGCUUAUCUUGCCCAUUAAGCCAUAACUGCAUUCCCAAUUGUCCGAUAUAUGAAUACUGACUUGGGCCAAGCUAUAAAUCAUGCACAGACUGCUCUUCAAGCUGCUUGACUUGCAAAGACGAGAGCUUAUUAUGCAACUUAUGCUCCAACAAAAUUUGUAACAUAUGUAAUGAUUAUUCUGAGGAUUCAUGCUUAAGCUGUAUUGAAAAUGCACAUAAUCCAGAAAAUUGCAUUUGCAAUGAAAAUUAUGGGUGGAAUUCAACUUAUGAAAAUUGCAACGAAAUAACUGGGCAUUACACUGGGACAGAUGGAAAUCUGUAUCCCUGCCCUGAUUUAUGCUUAGCUUGCUCAUCAAGUAAUUUAUGUGCCGCAUGUGUUGAAAACGCAAUCAUUGUUGAUGGGUUAUGCAAAUGUAAUGAUGGAUAUCGUAGCGAUAGCCAGUCAUGCACUAAGAUGCUAUUUUCAGCAUAUCUAUCAGUAAAAAAAGAUAAUUCAUUAGUAUUGACAUUUAGCGAAGAGCUAUCUACCAAUAUAUCAACUUCUGAUAUCAAUAUUUUCAUUAAUGCUAAAAAUAUAGCUUUCACAAUGGAAAGCAGCUCUUUGGCUACAUUUUAUAUUACAAUAAAAAUUGAUGAUCAUAUUACUAAAGGGACGGAAGUAAUAUUGCAUUUCAUUGAUAAUAUACAUAUUAGGUCUAAACAAAGAGCAUAUCUGAUUACAAAUAAUUUAAAUGGGAUUCUAUUUGAAUAUUAUCCAGAUACUUCUUCUGAUGAUGCUAACUCUAUAAUACUGCAAACUACAGCUACAGUACAAUCGGCCGUAUCAGCUUCUUUAGUGUUAGCACUUUUAAGUGGUAACUUAUCUUCUUUUUGGAAUUUCUUAAACUUUUUGACACUGCUUUCCUAUUUACCUUUGUCAGGAAUAGAUUUUUCUCAAAAAAUCAGAUAUUUUUUCCAAAAUUUGCUAACUCCUCCCUCUCGUGAGCGAACAACACAAUUUUGUUGUUCGCUUUACAAAGGGUUUUUUUUUAAAAAUUUUAUAUAUAAAUUUGAUAGUAAAAUGUUUUUUCGAAAUUAAAAAAAACCAAUUCACAAAAUUGGAAAGCAAAUAUUAAUUUAAUUGGUAAAAUUUAUGAUUUAAAUGUAAGCUGUUUAAAAUUAAAAUAAUUAGCUAGAGAUUUCAUUAUGCAAUUAUCAUUUAUAUAAUUAUCACUUAUAUAUCAAAAUAUUUUUUAAUAAAAAAUUUUAUAUUAAAACUUUUUUUUAUUUGUAAUGUGGGUUUUUGAAAAAAUAGGGAUUUUUCCAAUGGUUUUGUUUGCUCACAGAGGGGGAGUAAGUUUUAAUCUAUUUCCAAAUAUUUUUGAAUGAUUUGUUGAUGAGAAUAAUGGAGGAAAACCAUAUAAAAAUGCAUAUGAAGCUGGGUUCGAAACAGAUCUACUUUUUUUAAAUUCUGGGAGUGAUUUUACGGCAAUUUUACUUUUAAUUAUAGCAAUUCCAUUUGUCUAUUAUUUUUCCAAUUGCUCUUGCAAAUAUAUUGCCCAAAAAAUUGAAAAAAUAUUGAAAUCAUACAAGUUUGCAAUAUUUUUAAGGUUUUGGAUUCAAAUUUAUCUAGAAAUUGGGAUUUCCUCAUUAAUCUGCCUUACAACAGUAUUUAUUAUUUAGUAUGAAAACUGAAACAUUGUGCAAUAUUUUAAUAAAGUUUUAUCAGUAAUACUUACGCUGUUUUUAUUUAUAACCCCUAUCUUAUUUCCUAUUUUCUGUUAAAAAUUAAAAUGGUGGUGGCGACUAAAUAGGUCCUUGGCGACGACGAAUCACCUUGGUCGCAAAAGUUACCCUAUAGCCAAAACCAAGGUCCGGGCCCUUUAAUUCUAACCCUUAGCAGACUUAGCGCUGCCGUAUGGGGUGGGUAACCUUGGGAGUAAGCUGGUGUCGACUCAAUGACAAGAGUUUUAAUUAUCCGGAGGAGGUGCAUGGCUCUCUGCGUGGUGGAUCUGUCAGAAGGUCACCGCAGAGGAAUUUGGGUUAGGCUGGCCUGACAAAAACUUUCUUCGUUAACUUGGAAUUGUUAGCCUGGCCUGCUGUUGGAGCGGGUGCUGGGCGUUGAUGUGAUCUUAAUUUGGAGUUGGUUUUAUGGAGUUGGUUUUGUAAAGUUGGUUUUGUGGAGUUGGUUUUGUGGAAUUGGUCUUGUGAAGUUGGCUCUGUGGAAUUGAUUCUGUGGAGUUGCUGAUUGUGAAGUGGAGUUGCUGAUUGUGAAGUGAAGUGGAGUUGCUGAUUGUGAAGUGGAGUUGCUGACUGUGAAGUUGGAUGAAUAGGAUAGGGUAAUAAUAAAAAUCUUUCUAUUCUAUUUUCUGUUGGAAAAACGAAGGCCAUAUUAUUGGCCGGGAUAAGAGUUUUCUAUCAAUUUGGGACCCAUUUUUCUACGAGUUUAAAAACGAUCAAGGAUUUAUGAGUACUCAGUUUUAUACAGUUUUUUUCUUAAUUCACAUAUGAGGAUAAAGAAGAGAUCGUAAAAAUGAUUUAUACAUCAACCUCUCGAAUUAGGAAGAAAUUUUAAUAUAAAAAUUUUUGGAUACAAUAUUAGCGUAUAUUUAAUAAUUCUAAUUCAAAAAAUUUGUACUCAAAAAUAAAAAAUAGCAAAGUAGCCUGGGGUUGGAUAUAAAUAAACUAUUCUAAUAAAAAUUUAUUUAAAGAUUAAAUUAAUUAUAGCCCAAGGACUGUUAUGGAUCUGCAUUUAGUACUUCAUUCCAUUCUAUCCACUUCCUGUCUGUUCAAAAUAUUUUAACAUGUUAAUAUUAAUUUAACAAACAAAAUAUAAUAUUUAGAAAUUGCCAUUAAUAUUUUUACUAUUGAAAAAUUAGGACUGACAAAUACCAAUGAAGUGGAUGAGUGCUCUAUAGCGAAAGCGGAGUAAUUGUGAUAUAACCUUCUAAAAAUACAUGUUUUUGAGGAGAUUUACUCCCCUCCGUGAUUGAACAACAAAAAUUUUGUUCACCUUAAUUUUUUUAUAGAAUUUUUUUUUCGAAAUUUAAAAAAAUCCAAUUCGUUAAAAUUUUAUAAGUAAAUAUUAUAAUGUAUUGGUAAUAUUUUAUUUUUGCUUAUUUAUGGUAAAUUGAUUUUAAAAUGUCAAAAAAAUUUUUGGGGUUUUUACCUCAAGAACUUCUGCACAGCAAUAGCGGUUUAACUUUGGGGAUAACCAAAGGAACUGCUCCUCAGUGCGCUCAAGAUCUGGAGUUUUUACCCUCAGCAGCACAUCCCAAGGGAGAUGUACCCUCAGGCGGAACACGCGCAGGAGCUGAGUCGAACAAAGCCAUGGCGGCAGCAAAGCCCGUCGAAGCCGGAACGCCUUAUUUGCUCGUGCCUUGGUGUAUCGAAAGGGAUCGGCCCAGCGGUCUCUGGGCCCCGACACGUAUACAAAUAUGGUGGUAGCUCUGGAAGCGGCAACCCCGUAGGAGACGUUAAACAUUUAAUAGAUAAUUAGUUCUAGUUCUAGUCAAAAACAUUUUGACAUGUCAUUACAUAUAAAACUGAGUCUAUGGUAUGCUAAAAUUUUUUUGACAUUUUAAAAUCAAUUUACCAUAAAUAAGCAAAAUGAAAUUUAUGCAAGGGAUUAUAAAUAAUCGGUAAAAUUUGUAUUUUAAACGUAAGCUGUUAAACAGAAUUGGCUCGAGAUUUCAUUAUAAUAAUUAUUGCUAUAUAUCAGCAUAUUUUUUCAUAAAAAUUUUUCUUAGGAGAUUAGUAUAUAUAUUUACCUUGAUUAUUUUAAAAGAUUAUCCUAGUGCAGAAGUUACUAUAAAUAUAGUUCACUCCCUAUUAAAUACAUUGUAUUUAAUUAGAUAUUGGCCUUAUAACGAUAUUCUAGUUCAAGUAGGGAAUUUAAUUGCAGAAAUAGGUAUAGUAAUUGUAAUGUGCUUUACUGGAGCAUUUCUGUUUGAUAUGGAUCACAAUGCGUUAGUAAAUAUUGAAUACGCAAUAAUAUGGACAGUAAAUUCCAUAAUCGCAGUCAACUUGAUUUGCUCAACGAUUAUUUCUGUAAGAGAUAUUUGAAAAAUAAUUAAAGAUAAUUUCAUUCCGAAGAAAAAUACUGAGAUCAAUAAAGAUAUUAACACAUUAGGAAAUGCAACUGUAACUAAUGAAGCUAUAACACUUGAAGGAGUGGGAGCUUCUAAAAUAGUUGAAGGAAGACUAAAAAAGGGCCUAAAAAAUAAGAUGAAAGUAAUAACAAUAUAA